AGUGAACCGCGAGACGUCAACCGAGUAGUAGUCCUUACUCUUAUUGGGUGGACAUUCCCCACUGUUGAAGGGUGUUAUUCAUCUCUGUGUGUACAAGGUUGGCUGGCAUUCGAUGUCAGUGGACUGAUAUCUCUCUCUGGUACGGCUUCAGCUGGUGGAUUUCUUUUUCGUGUGUUUGCGGCUUUUAGGGCACUCGAUUUGGCUCCAGGCGGGUGGUAAAUUUUGUGGCUUCUGACCUAUGGUAAUUGGAAGGUGUUCGAUCCUGAUAACCUACUUCCACGUGUGCUUGAACUGAGCGUUCGAAGGAUGCUGGGGAUGAUGUGAGUGGAAAAUCAACCGGGGAAGGGAUGUUUUGAAGCUAAUGAAAGGGUCGGAAAUUCCUGUGAAGUGAAAAUAGUUUUGCGUUUGUGUAUACAAACUGAUGGUGAAAUACUUGGUAAUUAGUUUCUGAAUAGGUGGCCAGAGUUGUGUGAAAUACAGAUAUGACAUGAAAAUCACAUGCAUCCCGUUGGAUUAUCCGUUUAUUCCAGUGCAGCAGAUGGUGUGUAGUUGAAAUUGAUACAGCUGUGUUGAUCCUUGGUCGUUGAAUAAACACCAAUCCAAGGCUCGCUAAUUUCACGAGGAUUACAUUUAAGCCUAGUGUCGGGUGGUCAAUGCGGCAGAACGCCUGUCUUGGUGAUGAAUACUAAAGUGGAACGGUGUUAUUAGCACUCGUCGUCGGAGAGCUGUAAAUGUGAUUGAUUAUAGAUAGCAGCAGCGAACGAGGAAUAAAUUAUUAAUCAUUACCAGACCAUGAGGCGACAGUGCUUGCUAAGUGUAUUGUAUAGUGCUGAGGUAGUGAAGUGAGGUGGUACCUACUAGAAAGACCGACAGUUGCCGCUGGAUGAUGUUCCGUGGAAUCCGUGGGAAACCCAUGUGCCAAUAUUCUAGUUUGAUAACAUCGGAUAACACGGUGUGAUGGUUAUUUAAUAGAUGGGAGCUCUCUAAUCAUCGGCAGUGGCUAACCAAAAAGCAGGCUUCUGCUUAACGGAAAACAGAUUCAUCUCGGAUUCACAUUGGCGAGAUUUUGAAAGGACUACCUUACUGGCAACGUAAUCGCGUUCAGCACCUCGCUUAGCCCCUCAACACGGACUCCACUCAGAGACUCCACGGGGACGGAGAAAAGGCGGGAAAGCAACGGCAUUAAUUCCCAACGCAAAGGAUUAUACCAAUUGAAAGUCAGAAAAGCGACGGAAGCGUAAGCAUCCGAAACUGUUUCCAAAAGGUCAAACUUUGUCUUUUGUGUUACGUGUUCUAGUCAAUGGAGGUCCGCCAUGGCAAAUAUGAAUAUUCAAUACAGACCUUCAAUAAAAUAGUCGGGAACGAGGUCAUCAGAAAGUGGUUGCAGAUUGCAAUUAGUCAUCGUCCUCCAAAAGCAUGAAGCAACCCGAACGGCACAGGAACAGCGCCACUUUCCUUGGUAGAUCUUGGACCGAACGAGAGGUUGUGAAUAUAAAGUAGUUAGUGGAAAUCGAGUUAGACAACUGAUUAAAUCAAAUUAGCCAUGUUGCUUGAAUAAUCCCGUUCUAUGUGGUUUUCCGCUUCCUGUGCAGCGAGGCGUAACAGAAAACCAUAUUGCGAAAGCAGGAAGUGAACAAACAUCCUUCGGUUAAAAAGUGUGAAAUCAAGGACCAACUCAACUAAACCAACGGACAAACGAACAAGCACAAAGACAAAAUUAAUCUUCAGCGCCCCACAGACAAAUAUGAACACAAAGCCACCUCUCCAAGUUCCUAACUUUAUCGGUAGUAGCACCUCAUCGAGACCACAAAGUCCAUCCCUGUGCUUUUCGACCGCGUCGUCAAAGGCGGAAAAAAAUGAACCGGUGACACUGUGCGGCUGCCGUCGAGCCCCGAGAUCACAAUGCUUCUCUGCCAUAGGUGUGCUGAUACUGGUCCUCGCGUACACGGCGGUGGGCUCAGUGCUGUUCGUGACAUUGGAAGGAGACGCCGACGAAAGCGACAUGAUCGAAAGCUCGGUUGCAGCAUCGAAACCAUAUCCUAGACAUGACGUAGUUAGUUCAGAGCUAAGAUUAAAAACUGUAGAUCGGCUGUGGUCCAUAACGGAAGAUCUAAACAUAUUAUACAAGGAAAAUUGGACACGACUGGCGGCCCAAGAAGUGCAACAUUUUCAGGACACCAUCUUGAGAGCAGUGCGGGCCUCCAAAGCACAGCAAGUGACGAAUGUCCAGAGCAACGCCAAACCCUACAAAUGGACGUAUGCUUCGGCAUUUCUAUAUUCGCUGACGCUGAUCACCACUAUCGGCUACGGUGGAAUUUCGCCUCGAACGCAAUGGGGCAGGCUAGCGGCGCUAAUUUAUGCCCUGUUUGGCAUUCCGAUUAUUCUGCUGUACCUCUCGGCGAUGGGAGAAGGCCUUUCGGCGGCCAUGCGGUGCCUAUUUCACCGCAUUAGACCAUCGUCACAUUCGUCAUCAUCAAAUAGCGCCAGCACUAGUUCAAGUCUAAGUGGAAACUCGGCUAUAAACAGUAAAUCAUCUAGCUCUGAGCUACAGAAACGAUCCCAACAGCAGCAAAGUACCAGUUACCAUCAGACAUGGACUGGAAUCCACGAUCCACAUGGUUACGGAGGAGUCGUCGGAGGAGCAUUAGGAACUAGUAACAUGGGAACCAAUGGAGGAACUCACACGGUAAACAGCGGGAGCAAACAUAAUCAAUCAGUCGUACCAAUAUCAAUCUGUAUUAUGAUACUGAUUUGUUACGUCACAUUCGGCGCCGUUCUGUUCCAUAAAAUUCAGCCCUGGGGGGUGCUAGAGAGUUUAUACUUCUGCUUUACAUCCCUCGGCACAAUCGGCUUUGGUGAUCUAAUGCCAGCCGGGAAUAUUGCACAAUAUGCUGCCUCAGCAUACAUUGUAGUCGGGAUGGCAGUUGUGGCCAUGUGUUUCAGUCUCAUACAAACGGAGCUAAUAGUAUGGCUGAAGAAAUUCGCCACUCCGGAAUCGAUUCCCUCAUCAACCGAGGACGUAGCGUUGGUAUCGGUGGCAAUGACUCCAAUAAAAUCCUGACAAAGGCCUAAUGACAUACUGCCUAAUGAGUAUAACUCAUUGCCACGUCGUUCAAGUGCAUUCCAGCGAAAUACGCCAGCCCGACGCUCGACUGGGAUAAUGGAAAACCAUGUAGAGUACUUUGUACCGAGGAGUGUGAGUGAAUUCAAUCUGUCUGGCGUGGGCGAUCUGGCGCUUCCGCCAACCAAGCGCAGUAUGAUAACGCACGCUGGAAGUUCGACAAUGAUUGCAAUUCCGACGAAGCCACGGGAAAAAAUGGUAACGUUCGAAGAUGAAUCAAAAUGCCCCCACGGGCUGCCGACCACGCCCAGAAAGUCCACCAUGGCCAACGACGUGUUCAUGUGACGGGAGGGUUCCUGAGAGGAAAAUAUUCAAUGCCCCGGAGACAUUAUCAAAGUCUGAUAGCGAGCGUCAUCUCUAUCCCCAUCCUUCAUUUCCUCAGCGUGAUGGGCAUUGAUAUUCAAAACGAUUCGUUAGGGUGUUUCAAAAUUUCGAAAUUUUCAAGGUUAAUUUUAUAACUGUGCGAUGCAUAAUCCAUACCAUACAGUAAUUCUCUAAUUUGAACACAUCGUUUAUUCAGUUACACAUUUUAAUAAGUACGAGUGCAAAAUAUUUAGCAUCAAUGGCUUUAAUCCCCAAAAUAUUGGAGCAAGACUUGAUUUUUUUCGUACUCGGAAACUUUUCUACCUAUUUACAAUCUCUCUAUUUUUUUCUAGGCGAAGAGUGAAGCUAAAAGAUGGUAUGUCGGGGAUACUCUUUUGAGUUUUAUUUUUUGGGGCGGAUAUAAGGUAUAAUUUUACCUAACUUUGAAUAUUUGAACAUGACUACAAAAGAUCAUAGUUUUUCAGGGGUGUUAUCAAAUGACUAUACUUUGAUCAUCGAGAACAUCAGGACUGGUUCUGAAAGUAAAAAAAAAAAUGCUAGGGAUGAUCUCCAGGGAAGUGGCCACUUUUCGAAUGAAUUGGUUUAUGCUACACCAAACAUCAUGGUUUUCAUGAACAAGUUCGAUACAUAAAUGGCUUCUGAUGAUAUUGGCCACCUCCUGGCAUAUUCCGGGAAUAUGGUGCACUUAUGAAACUAACCUAUUUUUGAAUAAUUUUGAAACCUUUUCAUGAUUCUACGUAAUAAGCCCUUCAGGGGACAUUUACUCUCUGAAGUAUUUGCCACUUCCUGAGAUUUAUUCAGAAACCUCAUGGAAGUGGAAAUCAUUAUCAUUCUUGUUAGAGUUUGUAACUUUCUCGGGAUUUGACUUCCCGGAAAACGGGAAAUAAAAUUGUAAUACCGUAAUUCCCGUAGCAUUUUCUUUUAAUUUCUCGAUAUUUAUGUAUAUUAUUUUGAUAAUCCGUAAAUUUGUAUGUUUGUUUCUCUUUUUACUUAUUUAUCUGUCUCCUAAAAAAAAAAUCUUGGCUUCCUUUUUAACUAAAGGCUUCGCAACACAAAAGGUUUGGGAAAUUAAGCAAAAUAACUAAGAGAAAAGCUUUUUCUUUACAAAAUUAAAUCAAUUUAAUCAAGCACUAGAAUAGGAACCAUGAGUCUAUGAGUCUUACGUUGAAGUUGUGACUGUUACAUUGAACGAAGAAUCCAUGACGAACUUAACAAGUCUACUUAAUU